GAGACCCGGGGGCUUUGUAGCUAGUAAUGUAAAUGGAGCAUCCACCAUACACUGAACAUGACAUGACCACCACCUUUCCACGAGCCAGUAUCAACCAGACUUCCAAUGCUUCUCGCCGCAGCACCCGACAUCCGGUAUACCACGGAGUCAGGAAACGGCGCUGGGGCAAAUGGGUGUCUGAAAUUCGAGAACCGCGCAAGAAAUCACGUAUUUGGCUAGGCUCAUUUUCCGUCCCAGAAAUGGCUGCUAAGGCAUACGACGUCGCUGCCUAUUGUCUUAAAGGCUGUAAAGCGCAGCUAAAUUUUCCUAACGAGGUAGAUGACUUGCCUCGUCCAUCGUCAUCCAAGGGUAGCGAUAUUCAAGCAGCAGCAGCUAUGGCAGCACAUUCGAUGAUUACAGAGGAAAAGAGCAGCUGCAGCGCAACAAAUAGCGGAGGGGAUAGCGAUGAUUUUUGGGGUGAGAUUGAUUUGCCAGAGUUGAUGAAUUGUGGGUUCAACUGGAGUCCGCGUGCAUGGACUACUUUCGCCUGAGAUUCCACGUGGCAGGAGGGAGAUGCUCAAAGACUGUUCAUGGCAUGUCUGUAACGUGGCAAUGUUGAAGUUUAUUAACGUCCAUGUCUGGUUCUAGGUUGUAGAAUCUCCGUCUCUUUCUUUGCAAGUUCCAUUUUGUCCUAUGCAUGUGUAUUUUUCAUUCUGCAUUUUAAGUUUUUGAAACGCAUCCGUUUUGAUUUUAUCAAAAUGACGUUAUUCUAAAAUAUUUAAUUUUAACUAUAGUUCACAUUCUAGAGCAUAAUGUCAGUCAACUGCAAAAUGGGCUCUUGGAGAGUAAUAAUGCUUACUUAU